GAUCCAACAGACCCUGGAACUGUAGUCUAAGGUGAUGAAUGGGUUUGUGGGGGGGGGGGGGGAAGAUGAGGGUUACAAGGAGCUAUGAAGGAGUCUCACGUGACCCAACAAUAUAGAUUCUGAAGGCGUUGAUGGCAGAAGAAACAAAAUACACAGGGAAAGAAAAUCUCAGUGUUAAAUCCAGAAGUAUGCCCGGAAGCCAAGACAGAAAAUGAGCUGCAGAGAGAACGCAGUAGCCCGCCAGCCAGCCAGUACAGAAGUGAGGCUGGUUCAGCGGGCAUGCGCGGCCUCGCUCUUCGGACUCGUCACCCGCCCCUCCCCCUCGCGCCGCCGUCACCCAGGAAACCGGCCGCAAUCGCCGGCGGACAUGAAGCUGGUCUCAUGGCAGCCUCCAAGAAGGCAGUUUGGGGGCCAUUGGUGGGGGCGGUGGACCAGGGCACCAGUUCGACACGCUUUUUGGUUUUCAAUUCAAAAACAGCUGAACUACUUAGUCAUCAUCAAGUGGAAAUAAAACAAGAGUUCCCAAGAGAAGGAUGGGUGGAACAGGACCCUAAGGAAAUUCUACAUUCUGUCUAUGAGUGUAUAGAGAAAACAUGUGAGAAACUUGGACAGCUCAAUAUUGAUAUUUCCAACAUAAAAGCUAUCGGUGUCAGCAACCAGAGGGAAACCACUGUAGUCUGGGACAAGAUAACUGGAGAGCCUCUCUACAAUGCUGUGGUGUGGCUUGAUCUAAGAACCCAGUCUACCGUCGAGAGUCUUAGUAAAAGAAUUCCAGGAAAUAAUAACUUUGUCAAGUCCAAGACAGGCCUUCCACUUAGCACUUACUUCAGUGCAGUGAAACUUCAUUGGCUCCUUGACAAUGUGAGAAAAGUUCAAAAGGCUGUUGAAGACAAACGAGCUCUUUUUGGGACUAUUGAUUCAUGGCUUAUUUGGAGCUUGACAGGAGGCGUCAGUGGAGGUGUCCACUGUACAGAUGUCACAAAUGCAAGUAGGACUAUGCUUUUCAACAUUCAUUCUUUGGAAUGGGAUAAACAACUCUGCGAUUUUUUUGGAAUUCCAAUGGAAAUUCUUCCAAAUGUCCGGAGUUCUUCUGAGAUCUAUGGCCUAAUGAAAGCUGGGGCCUUGGAAGGUGUGCCGAUAUCUGGGUGUUUAGGGGACCAGUCUGCUGCAUUGGUGGGACAAAUGUGCUUCCAGAUUGGAGAAGCCAAAAAUACGUAUGGAACAGGAUGUUUCUUACUAUGCAAUACAGGCCACAAGUGUGUAUUUUCUGAUCAUGGCCUUCUCACCACAGUGGCUUACAAACUUGGCAGAGACAAACCGGUAUAUUAUGCUUUGGAAGGUUCUGUAGCUAUAGCUGGUGCUGUUGUUCGCUGGCUAAGAGACAAUCUUGGAAUUAUAAAGACCUCAGAAGAAAUUGAAAAACUUGCUAAAGAAGUAGGUACUUCUUAUGGAUGCUACUUCGUCCCAGCAUUUUCGGGGUUAUAUGCACCUUAUUGGGAGCCCAGCGCAAGAGGGAUAAUCUGUGGACUCACUCAGUUCACCAACAAAUGCCAUAUUGCUUUUGCUGCAUUAGAAGCUGUUUGUUUCCAAACUCGAGAGAUUUUGGAUGCCAUGAAUCGAGACUGUGGAAUUCCACUCAGUCAUUUGCAGGUAGAUGGAGGAAUGACCAGCAACAAAAUUCUUAUGCAGCUACAAGCAGACAUUCUGUGUAUUCCAGUAGUGAAGCCCUCGAUGCCCGAAACCACUGCACUGGGUGCUGCCAUGGCGGCAGGGGCUGCAGAAGGAGUCAACGUAUGGAGUCUUGAACCCGAAGAUUUGUCUGCCGUCACAAUGGAGCGGUUUGAACCUCAGAUUAAUGCUGAGGAAAGUGAAAUUCGUUAUUCUACAUGGAAGAAAGCUGUGAUGAAGUCAAUGGGUUGGGUUACAACUCAAUCUCCAGAAAGUGGUGACCCUAGUAUCUUCUGUAGUCUGCCCUUGGGCUUCUUUAUAGUGAGUAGCAUGAUAAUGUUAAUUGGAGCAAGGUACAUCUCAGGUGUUCCGUAAAACCUACCAACUCAUGGAUUCCCAAGAUGCGAGCUUUUCACAUAAUGAAAGAACCCAGCAAUUCUGUCUCUUAAUGUGAUGACACUAUUCAUAGACUUUGAUUUUAUUUAUUAGCUACUUGCUGCAUGACCCUCCAAGUAGACCUGUGGCUUAAAAUAAAGAAAAUGCAGCAAAAAGAAUGCUAUAGAAACA